AUGACUGAUUUAGCUCAAGAAAAUGUUGAAGAAGAGGAGCAGCCUUUAAAUGACGAAGAACUUAUUAAAGGGCAUUGUGUUGAACUUUUUUCGACAAGGGAUUUUGUAAUGGAACCACAAGUGAUUACUACGUUAUUGGCUUUCUUUCAGGCUGGUGGGCAGCCAGAAAAGGUUAUUGAACUUUUAUCAAAUAACUAUAAUGGAUUGGGGCAAUAUGCAAAUUUAUUUGGUUUUGAUUUAGAGAUGGAUGGAGGUUUUACUGAAACAAUUAAUAAUGAACAAGAAAUUGUUGCUUCAACCUCCUCUAAUUCGGUAUUAUUAAUGGGGGCUGACGUUCAACAGCAAAUUGAACGUUGCCCUUCUGUUCGUGAUUGUUUUGAACAAACAAUUAGUCAAAUGAUCAAAAAACAAUUUUCACCAGACGCGGCAGAUAAAAUAUUUGAAAAUGAUGAUGGAACAGAAGGAAUUGAUUGGUUACCUGAAUUAAUUUGUCAUCGUUCCUGGCGCCGAUUAAUUUAUGAAUUAGCUGAACAUUUUCCAAAUUGUUUAAUGCUUAAUUUUGCUGUUAAAUUAAUUAGCGAUGCUGGAUUUCAACAUGAAAUAAGUAAUGUAAAUACUGCUGCACAACAAGUAAGAGAAUUUAGAAUUUUUUAUUAG